UCUUUGAUUUGAUCCUCAAUUACAUGGGGCUUCAUUCCUACCAACUUCCUGUAAUUCUAUACCUUUGGGUAAAACUAUGAGUGGUCAGACUCUGCUGGAGAAAGUACAGGCGCUGAGACUCCCUCACCGAGUUAAAUAUUCAUUUAGUAGAGCUGGUGUGAAAAAGUACUGUUUCAGCUUGAAGUGUUAGGAGGCCGAUGUUCUUGUGUUACUCAUCCGUGCAGACUGGAGAAGGUAUAAUUGAAACAAGGCUGGCUGUGUUCCAGUCAGAGUGCCGCUGAGCGCAGCGUAAAGGUCGCUGCAAAUCAAGCGCUGUGAGGGUGAAGACGCUUGGGCUGAGAGCGAUUCCGAGCGGUCGCCGGGUCGACGUUCUCUCUGUAAUAUCUGGUGUCGAAUGUUUUAAGCAGGGUAAAGAACACAACUCGACAGCUCUGUCGGCACCACAAAUGACUGCUGCUUUCGCUGCAGCACAGCUGCUUCGAGCCCGUCUGUGGACAGAGAUCUUGGUUUUGACUCUCGGCCCUUAAUAUGGUUGGAAAUGAGAACAAAUGGCACAAAGCUUGCGAUUGCACUUUGCAGCCCAAAGAAGCAGUACUUACCCUUUGUCAGAAGGCCCCGGAGAGGGUGUAGAUAGCCGGGUCCGCACGUGCUCCCAGAGACCAGCAUGGAUUUCCUCAGCUAACGUUCAGAUGAAGCUGACUCCCAGACAGACUGCGGCUCCGCUGACGAAGAGUGUGACAGCUCGGGAAGGCUCCUCUGUCCCUUCACCUGAAAAUAUCCGUAAGAAGAGCAGCUCCCUGCGGAUUUCGCUGAAGCCCCCAAGGUGCAGUGGGAGUCUCCAGCCUCCUAGUGUCUCAAAGGAAUGCGCCCGCAGCGGUGCUGGGAGCCAUGGCAACCUCGGAAGCAGUCCUAGUGUCUGCAGUGGAAGCCUGGGGAACUUCGCAGCCAGUGAGCUGGGGUCCUACAGCAGCAUCAGUAGUGAUCACGGGUCGUCUGCAAGCAGUGCCAGUGGAGGCUCCUACACCAGCAGUGCCGGCAGCGACUGCUGCGGCUACUCUUUCCCACCAAGCGAUGGCACUUUUUUCAGUGGAAACUUAUCUGCUGACAGUACCUCCAACAGAAUUGGGCCAAACAGGAGUGCCGCUCCCUGUGAGAGUUUUUCAAGAAGUCCCAGCACAGCUCCCCUUGUCCAGAAUGACUCGGAGCAUGGGAUCGAGACUGUGAAAUUGCCAGUGAGCAGGAAUGCAAAAACUCCACUGAAGCGUUGCUCUUCCUUAGUCAUUUUUCCUCGGAGCCCCUCCAACACCCCACCAGCCUCUCCAGCAGGUACAGGUGUUCUCCCCAGCCGGGGGUCCCACCAGACCUCACACCAGUUCACCAUUUCUCCUAGUGAAGCUGCACAUCAUGAAGAUGGUUCCGGAGCCAAAGGGUUUCUUUCAACUGCUGUCAGUGGACUACGAUUAUGUAAAGCAGUCUGUACUCGUGGAGAAGUCAGAGAUACACGGCCACUUCACAUGGGCUCAUCCCAGAAGAAAGUUGUGAUUUCAAAUAACAGCCCCAAACAGACUGUUCAGGAAAAGUCUUCUGAAGGAUGUUCAUGUGUUUCAGUGUAUUUCACCCAGCGAAAAACAGCUGCCUCCGACUGUGAGAUAACAAAUGGUGACUGUAAACUGGAGAUGUCAGAAAUUAAGCUUCAUUCUGAUCCACGGUAUUCUAAGCCCUGGCACAGAACAUCUGAGUGUUUACCACCCACCCAAAACACAGACUACCAAACAAAAUGCAGUGGAGAGUUGGAAAGACCAAAUUCACAGAUAAACAAAAACCACACUGUCUUACAAAGAAGUAUUUCAUUGGGAGGAACUUAUCCAAAUAUUUCCUGUUUAUCCAGCCUUGAGCACAGUUCUAAGGGGGGACCCUCGCAGUUACUCAUAAAGCUUUCACCUGGAAAUGAAGGUGAAGUUGACAGUCUAUCAAGAGACAGCAUCAGCAACUUCACAAAUGGACUAUCUAAUUCUUGCAAGACAAGAGAUGAUUUCCUAGGUCAAGUGGAUAUUCCUCUUUAUCCACUACCGACAGAGAAUCCAAGAAUGCAGAGACCGUACACAUUUAAGGACUUUGUUCUUCACCCAAGAAGUCAGAAAUCAAGAGUGAAAGGUUAUCUGAGACUAAAAAUGACUUAUUUACCUAAAACCAGUGGCUCAGAAGAUGACAAUGCAGAGCAGGCUGAGGAAUUAGAGCCUGGCUGGGUUGUUUUGGACCAACCAGACGCUGCUCCCCACUUGCAGCAGCAGCAGGAACCAUCUCCCCUCCCUCCAGGAUGGGAGGAGAGGCAGGACAUCCUCGGGAGGACCUACUAUGUGAACCACGGAUCCCGGAGGACACAGUGGCAAAGACCAAGCCCCCAGGACGACCUCACAGAUGCCGAUGGCAGUGACAUCCAGCUCCAAGCGCAGCGGGCCUUCACCACCAGACGGCAGAUAUCCGAGGAGACGGAAAGCGGUAGCGCCCUGGAGUCCUCCGAGAACUGGGAGAUCAUAGGAGAGGAGGAGGCCGCAGUGUCCGGCCCUCAGGCCUUCCCGUCACUGCCCUCUUCGGGCCCCUUGGACCUUCGGCCUCACCUUGCAGAAGAAUUGAGCGCCAGGCUCACUGUGCACGGAAUUUCAGCCGCCAGCCAGCCAGCACCCAGCUCAAAUCAUUCCAGCAGAAGAGGCAGCUUGCAAGCCUGUACUUACGAAGAACAGCCAGCGCUUCCUGUGCUUUUGCCUACUGCAUCUGGACUACCACCAGGUUGGGAAGAAAAGAAAGAUGCAAGAGGAAGGCCAUACUACGUAGACCACAGCUCCCAAACUACCACCUGGACGAGGCCCGCUGUGCAGGUCACCGUGGAAGCCAGCCAGCCAGCCUCUGGCCAGGGCUCCUCUGCCACCCUGCGGCCCCCUGAGAGUGGUACAGCCCCGCCACCGACCCAGCCAGCCAGGGUCCAGCAAGGACUCCUACCCCAAGGUUGGGAAGUCCGGCACGCGCCAAACGGGAGGCCUUUCUAUAUCGACCACAACACCAAGACCACCACCUGGGAAGAUCCAAGAUUGAGAAUUCCAGCUCAUCUCCAAGGAAAGGCACCCCUCGAGUCUUCCAGUGAUCCAGGGCCCUUGCCUCCAGGAUGGGAAGAGAGAACUCACACAGAUGGGAGGAUCUUCUACAUAAAUCACAAUAUAAAAAGAACACAGUGGGAAGACCCUCGGCUGCAGAAUGUGGCGGUGACUGGACCAGCAGUGCCCUACUCCAGGGAUUACAAAAGAAAGUAUGAGUUCUUCCGAAGGAAGUUAAAGAAGCAGAACGACAUUCCAAACAAAUUUGAAAUGAAGCUUCGCCGAGCAGCUGUGCUGGAGGGCUCUUACCGGAAGGUCAUGGGCGUAAAGAGAGCAGAUUUCCUCAAAGCCCGGCUCUGGAUUGAGUUUGAUGGCGAGAAAGGCUUGGACUACGGAGGGGUUGCCCGGGAGUGGUUCUUCCUGAUCUCCAAGGAGAUGUUUAAUCCCUAUUAUGGGCUGUUUGAGUAUUCCGCUACGGAUAAUUACACCCUACAGAUAAACGCCAACUCCGGGCUAUGUAAUGAAGAUCACCUCUCCUACUUCAAGUUUAUUGGCCGGGUCGCAGGGAUGGCAGUUUAUCAUGGCAAACUGUUGGAUGGUUUCUUCAUUCGCCCGUUUUACAAGAUGAUGCUGCACAAGCCUAUAACGCUGCAUGACAUGGAGUCCGUGGAUAGCGAGUAUUACAAUUCAUUGAGAUGGAUUCUUGAAAAUGACCCAACAGAAUUGGACCUCAGGUUUAUCAUCGAUGAAGAACUUUUUGGGCAGACACACCAACAUGAGCUGAAAAAUGGUGGCUCAGAAAUCAUUGUCACCAACAAGAACAAAAAGGAAUAUAUUUACCUUGUAAUACAAUGGAGAUUUGUGAACAGAAUCCAGAAGCAAAUGGCUGCUUUUAAAGAGGGGUUUUUUGAACUAAUACCACAGGACCUCAUCAAAAUUUUUGAUGAAAAUGAACUGGAGCUUCUCAUGUGUGGCUUGGGAGACGUGGACGUGAACGACUGGCGAGAACACACCAAAUACAAGAAUGGCUACAGCGCGGGCCACCAAGUCAUCCAGUGGCUCUGGAAGGCUGUUUUGAUGAUGGAUUCUGAAAAAAGAAUACGAUUACUUCAGUUUGUCACUGGUACUUCCCGUGUGCCUAUGAAUGGAUUCGCUGAACUGUAUGGCUCUAAUGGCCCACAGCCCUUCACGGUGGAGCAGUGGGGUACCCCAGAGAAGCUGCCCAGGGCUCACACCUGCUUCAAUCGCUUGGACUUGCCGCCCUAUGGGUCAUUUGAGGAACUAUGGGAUAAGCUUCAGAUGGCGAUCGAAAACACUCAGGGUUUUGACGGAGUCGAUUAGAUUACAAAUAAUCCGUGGUAUUUUUGCUGCCACAGUUUUAUAAACAAAAUUGUGACUUAAAAUCUUCCAGGGAACUAUUAAAGCUCAGCCACUGAUUCUUCCCAGAUAUUGGAGAAAACCAUUAAAAUGUUAGAAGAAAUAAUAUGACAGUUUUACUGUACUUCAGUCACUUUUAAGUAAUGUACUUUCGUACAGUUAUUGCACCGGUCUGUAAGUUCACGCGAGAGGUCACAAGUCCCGGCGCCUGCAGCAGUGAGUUUUGUCCUUAACAUUUACGUCUUACAGGAUUUGCCAGGCAGGUCUUCCUUAAACUACUGAAAUUAUAACUGUGAAAUGUCUGUGAUAAGUGUUAUGUGUAAAAAUUGGGUGCUUUUUUGAGAAGGAAAACUGCAAUUUGGGGAAAAUGAUAAUGAGUAAGCUACAAUGUAUUUCCAUGAAGCUAUUUAUUAUUUUGUAGACUUGCCUAAAUGCACCUUACCUUACCCGGAGUUUUAGAAAAACCUUGGAGACUGUUAUCUAUAUUUUCAGUCAAUUGACUUGCAGAAAAAUUGUUUACUUCCUCACUUUAAAAGUGUUAGGCUUUCAUUAAUAUGAAGCUUUGCUCACGAGACGUCAGCACAGCCCUGGAUGGUGGAGAGUCAGCGCUGCCUCCGGAGGGCGCUGCAGGCUUGCUGCACAGCCUCACCUGCACGUUUUUGCAGAGUUAGUUUGCCUUUCUCCUUCAAACCCCAGGUCUCACAAGGCGUUUCUAAUCUUGAGCUGUUCGGGUCAAGUACUCGCCUUUCCCAGUCACCCCUCACAGCUGCACCGCGUGUAGUAAAGUCCAUGUUUACAGGGUUUAUUAUGUUUACAGGUGAAUCGCGUUUCUGUAGUUGUGCUUUUGUAUUUUUUUGUAUCACUUUAUCAUUAAAAAAAAAAAAUUCGUUUAAAAAAUAGCCAAAGAGUAGCUAAAUGCAUAAUUUGUAUUAAAUUUGUUACCACAUUUCUUACACUUUCUAAAAAAUACUGUUUACUAUGCAAACAGUGGUGGUUUGUUCCAAAUCCAGAGCCCUCUGGGUGAAACUCCACAGGUGGAAGUUACCAGCACUAGAUUGAAGCCCUCGGACUAGGGCGCAAAUCCAGCCAACGCUGUCCAACACAGUGCAGCGCCGUGCUGGGCCCUGGUGGCAGUGAAAUGUGAGGAACUUACAGGUGCAGAAGGAACACGUCAGCGGUCCAAAGCAGAGUGAGCAGGAUAAGGUUGGUCGGUCGGUGGGUACUGGGGGUUGAGCUCAAGGCCUUUGCGUUGAGCUACAUUCCCAGCCCUUUUCCACUUCUCAUUUGUUUCGAGAAGGUUCUCAUUAAGUUACCAAGUUGCCCAAGCUGAGGUGGGACUUGCAUUCUUCCUGUCUCAGCCUCCCAGAGUGCUGGGAGUCUAGGUGUGGGAGUAUCCUAGGUCCCACCACACUUAGCAAGAUGGGGUGUGUCAAGAUUGUAUUUCUGUGUUUCGUCUCUGUAUUGGAGUAUUAUUCAGAACAUGCUCUUGCACAGAAUUAAGCCUGUUUCUUAAUAUGGUAUUUUGGUGAUAAGGCAAUGAUUGUAACCAUUCUUGGAUGUGUGCAAGUGCUCCGUGAGACUUGAAACAGUGCUUUUGGCCGUGGGCCCUCGUCUGUUAGGGUGAGCAUGGUGAGCCCGCCCAGCACUGGGUUGAGGUGCCGAUGACAGCAGCAAACCUUGGUCCCAAAGUCCCCGCCGAGAGCUCAUACAGGGCCACUCUCAGGCGAGGGCCUGGCCUGCACCUGCAGGGCCGGCCGCAUCUGUGCCACAGGUGCCGCGCUUGCUCCCUCACUGACCCCACCUCUAGCGCCUGAUUGAUUCUUCCCGGUUAGCCGAGACCCAUGAAGCCCGCCUGGCUGUCAUGGCAGGCUGCGGUGAGCUCUGGAGAGGCGGACACCCGGAGAGGGCUGUGUGGAACAUGACAGCAGCAGCGGCUUCUCACUGUGCCAGGGAGGGGUCCGCACUGACCACCCCGAUGGAGGCUGCGUCUGAAAUUACAGUGUGCACAGAGCGCCUGCACGUGUCUGCAUGUGGGUCUCACCACCCAGAGUCAAGGCGACGUGGGCGUGGGCUAGUGUGUUCCGAAACUGUCCUCGGCGCCCGGACGAAUGUGAAAGCUGUUCUGUGGAAGCGGGCUCUUCCCGCCUCGGAGCUCUGGAGAUGCUGGCCUGCCCUGCACCUGCGCCAGAACACAGCUCCCUGCUGCUGCGCAGCUACCGCCUGCCCAAGGGACCUGCCUGAGGGACACAGCCCAGGCCCUCAGCAGAAAGGUGUCUCAGGGCUUCCUGCGGAGGGACCCCCUUGUAAGAAAGCAAGGACACCAGGCGUCCCUGGAAGUCCCAGGUCCUGCGUUCUAGCUCGUGUCCUCUUGUCCAUUUUACAGAAGUAAAAUUGUAUUACAGAUGCAAAUUUAAAUGGUAUUUGUUUUAGUUUUUAUUUGUAAUGCUGAAGUUAUUCCAUAUAAAUAUCAAGUUACACACAAUUCAUUUUGAUUACAAGCUAUUUGGCAUUGUUUUUAAAAAUCUUAUAUGAUAAAUAUAUAGUAAGAUUACUGUGUC